UUGGACGUCCAGCUCUGCCGGACAAAGUAUGUCUCUAGUUUGACUACACGUCAUGUGGAAUGGUACUCUCUCUUGUUCAAUUUGCAUGACUACUAGUCACUAAUUAGGCUAAACGACUAGUCUCUUGUUCCACUCGCCCCCUGACAAAGCCUCGGUUCACCUCAGCAUUAAUCCCUGUUGAGUGUUUUGAAGAACUGAACCAGCUCAACUCUUUGCUCUUUUUUUCUUCAUUUGAAGAGGCUGAAAAGUGGAAAUACUAGUUGGAAAAUAUUUUGUUUUUCCCGCGCAAUGGAUGAUCCUCCAAUGCCCUCCGAUGCUGGCCUGGAGGAGCAGCAUAUUGUGAAGGCGGACGAAGUCGACCAGACGGGCACGGAUAUCAGCACUGUCUCGGAUGACCAAAUGUUGGAAGAGGUUGCCGAGGAGCUGCGACAGGAGCAGCAGGCGUUUUCCGACCAUGCACGCACGACUAGUACACUGGAGCAAGCUCCCAGGGGGGCGGAGAAGUUGCCGCCGCGACGCCCAGAGCUGCGCCGGGACUCUUCCGCCCCGCCGCCCCCUCUUCAGCCUCCGCCGCCCGCGCCUGUCCAGCACAACCAAAACCAGAACCAGAACCAGAACCAGGACGCACCACCCGACUCGCUGAGUCUGGCGCAACUAAGGCAACUGGUCCAGGAGAUGCCCAAGGUGGAACAACCGGCAUACGCUUUCGAAUACGCUGACGCCCAACCGUUUGUAGAGGAGAUUGAAGAGUGGUUCCAGUACAAUGAGUACGAUCGGGCCAUGCUGGUCGGCAUGAAGUGGUCCUUUGAGCACAAGUGGCACACCUUCUGUGAGGAUCGCUCGGUAGACCCCUCGCAGCAGAACUGGCUUGCCGCCCCGCGAGACCUGCAGAAGGCAUUCAUGAGCCAUAUCGUCGACGGGCUAAGCGAAAGUACGGGGAUAGUGCGGUUCGAGGCUUCGGAAGCACUUUGUUAUGCCGUGACAGGUGUGUGGGGUGUCACUGCUGGAGAGGUUGCACCUGACUAUCCUGGAGGUGUCUCUCCCCCUGGCGCCGAAAUUCCGGAGAACAAAUCAUUACAAGUCAAAUGGAUUGAGCAUAGUGUUCAUCUCCUCCACGAAUGUGGUGGUAUUCAGGCCUUGUUGGAUUGCUUAUGCCGGGUCUUCGAGAGGCACCGAAGCUCGUCCUCCCAAGGACCGGAGGGCACCGGCCCCGAUUCCGCCAAUUCAGCAUACAUGGAACGCGAGGCGAACCUGCUACUGACGCCACUAUAUCUCAUCGUCGAAGUCGCUCGAAGGCAGGAGAUCCUUGACCCGAAGAAUGCAUCGCUACGGGAGACUCUCAUGCAUCUGGAGCCAAAUCUGCUGGUAUUCUUAGUUGAAAUCAUUGCAAGGUUGCGCUGGGAUGACUCGGCCAAUAUUCCUCUCACUCGUAUCAUUCUUCUGUUUUGGAAGACAAUACUCCUCUUCUUUGGAGGUAGUAGCAAGUUGAAGGAGGCCAAGAAGGCACUGGAGCCCGCCUUUGAGGCACGAGAGAACGCUUCACCGCGCAGGACUCCUUUUCUUACUGCCUCGCCGCUCGAUUACCACAACUUCAGACAGGAGAUCACGUCCAAGUAUCCUGCCUAUAACCCACCACCCCCAGUGGUGCCCCUGGAAUUAGAGAACAACUCGAUCCUGCCACCGCUUCCUCAGCACCCCAGUCGAAUCAACACUUCUAGCGGUCCAUUUUCCGGCGUGGGACCAUCCGUAGCGGGCGGAAGUGGCUCGAUCAUCCACCAAUCCGUCCACAUUGCAACGCCGGCCCCUUCUCCGCCGCCCUCCCCAAUCGGACCCGGCGGUAAGGCGGGAAAGAAGCAAAAUUACCAGACCAACCAGAACUUCCCCUUCAUGUACCCACCCCUGGAUAAUUCGAGCAACGAUCUCGGCGGAAAAGGGACAACCGAGCUGCAGGACGUUCUGGUAGGCAAGAGAUGGGAGGGUAGUGAUGUUCCCGCCUCGAUUAUCGAGGCGGGCAAGUUAUUUUCGACCCACGUCAAGAUGACCCGGGCGAUGCAGCAACUGUGGGAGGAGAGAGAGCGUUUCAUGAAGUAUGACCGCGGCUGGUGCCCGAAUGAGACGUUUCCGUCGACCGAGUUUGAGACAGAAGAACUAGCAGAUGAGAUGCGCAACCUGGGAUUCAAUGUCAGAGAAAGAUCGAGUGUUGAUCAGCCCUCCGACAAAGAAACAGAAAAUGAAGACAUUCAACAACGCUUAGAUGCUGUUGAAUCAUUCUACAGACAAGCGCUAGUGCAUUUACAGUCCAUCACGAUCGUCUUCCUCAAGAUAAUCUUGACGAACGUCAGUGCUAUGGUCAAUCAGGCUAACGGACAGAAUGGACAAGGGAUGGGUGACAACUAUGGCCCGGCCAAUGGUUACCCAUCCGCCUUACACCAUGGCCCUGGAGAGCGGAGCAUUGAAGCAGCCAUUGACGAGCUGGACAAUGUGCGGCUCCGAGAGAUCACGUCCAAGGCGAUAUCAGGAUCUUUCCUGCUCCUGCUCAAGUGGUUCAAGCGAUCUCAUAUACUCAAGUUUGAGUACAUGACGCAGUUGCUUCUUGAUUCCAACUAUCUACCUCUGAUUCUCAAGAUGUUUGCUCACCAAGACGUUGAUCAAGCGGUUGCGCAGAAGAAUGAUCGCGACGAGCUGGGCUUCUUCCGAUUUUGUCAUCUCAAGUCCGACCAUCCGCCCGCCGACCUGGACGACGAAUCCUUGCCCAGCGAGGACGAAGCAAUCCCUCCGCCCAUCACCCGCCAACGCCAGGACACGACCGGCCACUCCUCCGUACGAGGGCCGUCGCCCGAAUCCCUGCUUCCGGAGUUUAGCGAGGGGCCCCAUCGUCCCGAGGUGGACGAGCUCGGGUACCCGAUCGCGCCGCCGCCCAAGGAGCCGAUCACCGAGUUCUCCUUCCGCAACUUCUUCUCCGCGAUCAACUACCUGCACAUCAUGCAGAAGAUCACGCGCGACAAGGCGCACCGGUGCCUCUUGCUGGUGCAGUACAAGUCCAGCACCAUCCUCCGCAAGGGACUCAAGAUCCCCGACCCGCACCUGCGCUUCUACACGCUCAAGCUCUUCAAGUCGCAGGUGCCGUUCUGCGGCCGCAAGUGGCGCCAGAGCAACAUGCGUGUAAUCACUGCCAUCUACCUCUACUGUCGGCCGGAGCUACGGGAUGACUGGCUCUCGGGUGCGGACAUCGACGCGGAGGUCGAGGAGGCGUUGCCGCUCGAGCAGGCGCUGCGCGGACUCACCCACUGGUGGCACCUCCGACGGUACAAGGACGUGAUGGGCGGCGAGGAGGGCGCGUCUCUUAUGGAGGAAGAGCGGGACUUUUUCACCAGAGAGCUUGAGGCGAUGGGAUGGGGUAUGGCUGGGGAUGAGGGGUUCCCGGGCAGUAGCGAGGAAGCCGAGUUGGCCGCUGCUGCGGCGGCGGCGGCGGCAGCAGCAGCAGCAGCAGCGGGCGGUGGACCGAUGGUGAACGGGACUGAAUGGGACGGGGCACCCCUGCAGAUGGAAAGUGGUUGGUAAUACGUACAUUACAGG